AUGGCAGACAGCGACCCAAUCUCAGAUACCACGCCAAACAAGAGGAGGAAGCUGAACAAUGUGAAGAGCUUCGAUUCGCAGGAAGACAGCGGAGACGAGUUCACUGUCGACGACUUCGAGACUGCUGCCACGUUGCCGCUGCCUCCGACCCAGCGCAAGCAGCUCGACUACACAAAGGAUCAAUUGCACGCCAACAGGCACUUGUAUUCCCCCUCUUCAUCCGCCGCCGGUCGCGCCUCAUCGCCUUCGCAAACUUUUGCAACGCAACAAACGCAGCCAUGGCACCGCACGCAACCCACACAACCCCUCACGCGCCCUACGCAAACGCAAACCCUCGCGAAUACACCACGCCACACCCCUGAUGUGCUCGUCGGUCGCUCCUCGCCCACCCAACAAUCACCAACCCCACAGAAGCCGCCGCCUGAGCCGAUCAGGAAGGUGACCUUCUCCAGACCCAAUGGCCUUCUGGCAAGCGCAAUGGCGCCUCCAGGCACCGCCUUCCGCCGUCCACCCGGGAUCCAAGCGAAGCCCACCCCAACCACGAUCGAGAGCGACAGUGACGACGACAUCGAUCCCCCUCGCGAGCCCUUCUCGGAUGACUCGGACGAUGCGACGCAAGGGAUGCGGUCCAACUUGAAGCCGAGUAAGCUCACGAAAGGCGGACGUGGGCUGGAUUCGACGCCGAAUAGGGUGGAGAAAGUUGUGAAAGAGUCGCCGCAUCAACCGGCUCCUGCUGCUACUGGCACGUUCAGCAGUCUGAUGAAGGAGUUUGCGUUUGAUAGCUCAAGCUCUUCCAAGCCUGCGGACGACAUGAUCAGUGCGUAUGCUGGUUCGUCUCGUCAGCCGAGACCAGCGCCGCAGCCGAAGCGUAUGAAUGCUGUAUCCUACAAAACGUUGGAUGAUGUACCGGACUAUGUGCUACGGGACAAGGUCAGGAAGAUUCAGACUGUGUUCCAGUACGAGAGUGUCCAGCGUUGUAUCGAUGCGCUUGGACGGAACAAAGGACGUGUGGACGAUGCGCAGGCUUGGUUGACGGAGCAAGCGGAGCAGGAUGCGCCUGGUGAAGACGAUGACACCGAUCAGCUGGCCUCGACCACUCCUGUUGCCCGACGAGGUGUUGCGGUGCCGGUUGCUAGGAUGCAGUCGUCGCAGCCAAUUCGACCGGCGGCGAAGCAGCAGAUUAAGGCUCCGGUGCAGACGAUUGCGGAGAAGUAUGCGACACAAGCGGCUGCUAGGAAACCGUCGCAGGUGGAGGUGGAGGAAGAUGAACCGCCCAAGCCAAGGAGGCGGCUGCAGCAGGGUCGGAGGAAACGGUCACCAUCACCAGAGCUGCCGUCCUCGCCGCCAGUCAAGGAAGCGGCAAGGUCGAGGGCCAGGCAGACUGUGGUCAUCUCGGAUGACGAGGAGGAUGAUUCUGGAAUCGUCGAAGACGAGCCGGAGGUCGAGGAGAGCAGUCACGACCAGAGGUUGCUGAAGUUCUUCAAUGAAUGCUCGGUGCAGAAUCUAGCGGAUCUCUCUGCACAGCCCGAAGCCACAGCUCAGCUUCUGAUCGACAAGCGUCCCUUCGCCAGCCUGGACGAGAUUCGGAUGGUCUCAAAUGUGCCCACGGAGACCAAGGGUGGCAAGAAGUCUCGCGCAAAGCCGGUUGGCGACAAGAUCGUCGACACCUGCAGCGAAGUCUGGACCAGCUACGACGCGAUCGACGAACUGGUGAAGCAGUGCGAGGACCUUGCCAACCCCAUCCAGCUUGCCCUCAAGGGCUGGGGCGUGAGCACUACCGACACUGGCGAGCUGCAGCUCAUGAACGUUCCGAGCGAAGCGCACGACUCUGGUGUUGGCACUCCCGCGAGCUCUUGUCCUUCCGACGAUGCUGCGCCGCGCUCGACCAAGGACAAGCGUAAGGGCCAGUUCUUGGGUCAGCCGUCGAACAUGAACUCGCAGGCUGUGAUGAAAGACUACCAGCUUGUGGGCUUGAACUGGCUGAAUCUUUUGUGGUCGAAGAAGGUCUCGUGUAUCCUGGCCGACGACAUGGGGCUGGGGAAGACGUGUCAGGUCAUCUCUUUCUUGGCGCACCUUCAGCAGCAGGAGGUGCAGGGCAUCGCGUUGGUCAUUGUCCCAGGAUCCACGCUUGAGAACUGGCUUCGGGAGUUCCAGUACUUCGCUCCGACGCUCCGAGUGCAGCCAUACUACGGCAGCCAGGCUGAGAGAGCACAGCUUCAGGCGGACAUCGAGAGGGACUUCAAUGAGAUUGAUGUCGUUGUCACGACCUACGAAAUGGCGGUCAACAAGUACGACAACAGAUUCCUGCGCAAGCAGUUGGAGCCAAUGGUCUGCGUGUAUGAUGAGGCACACAACUUGCGCAAUACGAAGUCCAACCGCUACGAACAGCUGAUGAAGUUCACUCCUGACUUCCGCGUCCUGCUCACCGGCACGCCGUUGCAGAAUAACUUGAGGGAGUUGAUUGCGAUUCUGGCUUUCAUAAUGCCCGAGAUGUUCACGGCGAAGAAGGACGAGCUGGACUACAUCUUCCAGCACAAGGCUACCACGAAGGAUCCGACGGAGAAUGCUGCGCUGCUCUCAACACAGCGCAUUGCGAAGGCAAGGUCUAUUAUUACGCCUUUUAUCCUGCGCCGCAAGAAGCACCAGGUUCUGGAUCUGCCCACCAAGCUCUCUCGCGUGGAGCGUUGCGAGAUGACCCCUACCCAAGCGAAUCACUACGCGGACCUGUUCGAGCGAGCACAGCAGUUUUACAGUGACAAGGCGAAUACCAAUGCCAAGGGAAGCGCGAAGCAGAGCUCGAACAUCCUGAUGGACCUCCGCAAGGCCGCCAUGCACCCACUGUUGGCAAGGCGCUUGUACGAUGACAAGAAGAUCGAGCGAAUCACCGACCUGUGCCUGAAGCACAAGGAGUUCGGUGACUCUAGAAGGGACCUGGUUGAGGCCUACUUGCUUGGCACGUCCCCGAACGGCCUGAAAGGUGGUGACUUUGCGCUUCACUCUUUCUGCGCGAAAACGCCUUACUUGAACAAAUUCGCGCUCAAGAAGAAGCAGUGGAUGGACUCGGGCAAGGUCGAGGAGUUCCAGAAGCUCAUCACGAAGUUUGAGCAGAACGGCGACCGUGUGCUCGUCUUCUCGCAGUUCACCACUAUGAUGGAUAUCCUGGAGGCGGUGCUGGAGACGAUCGGCAUCAAGUUCAUGCGUCUGGACGGCUCGACGAACAUGCAGGAGCGGCAGUCGAUGCUCGACACCUUCACCAACGACGACUCCAUCACGGUCUUCAUGCUCUCGACCCGAGCGGGCGGCGCGGGCAUCAAUCUGGCCGCUGCGAAUAAGGUCAUCAUCUUUGACUCGGGCUUCAACCCGCAAGACGACAUCCAAGCCGAGAACCGCGCGCAUCGUGUCGGACAGACGAGGGAGGUGGAGGUCAUUCGGCUUGUCACGCUCGACACGAUUGAGGAGCAGAUUCAUGCGCUUGGGGAGUCGAAGCUGGCGCUCGAUGCGAGGGUGGCGGGUGAGGGUGCUGUGGCGGAGGAUGGGGCGAAGGCGGAGAAGGCGGGGGAGCAGAUGGUGGAGAAGAUGUUCUUGGAUGGGAUGAAUGGGGAGAAGGAGGGGGAUGGCAGGGAUAAGGCCGACUUGAAGGAUGCUUUCAAGGUUGGGCUUGAGGGUGCUGGGGUAAGGGUUGCGUCGAAGCAGGCGCAGUUUUGA